UUUUAGUAUUCUAUCGCAAUACUCAUAAAGAAGAGCUUAGUGUAGCAAUAUGGACAGAAAACUGACUUAUUUUCAUUUAAAUGGAUAUGCAGAAUCAAUCAGAUAUAUGUUGCAUUAUGCGGGACUGGAAUUCCAAGACAUAAGAUUAGAGAGAGCAAGUUGGCCUAUCAAGGAAAUUAAAGACGCCCUUCCAUAUGGCAGAUUACCAGUUUACGAAGAGGGUGAUCGCAAAUUGACACAAUCCCUGGCUAUUGCCCGCUACAUCGCCAGCCAGACAGACCUACUGCCCACAGACCCCUGGGAGCAGGCUGUAUUGGACGCUGCAGUUCUGAAUGUUUACGAGUUAAUUCCUAAAUUGGCUGCAUUUAUUACGGCAAAUGGACCAGAGAAGAAGCAUCAGGCGAAAGAAGAAUUUCUGACAGGGGCAAGAGAUUACUACUUAUCAAGAUUUGAGGAGGAACUCAAAGCUAACAAUGGAUUCUUUGGCGGGAAGCUUACAUGGGCAGACUUCGUUUUGACAGGAAUCAUCGAGUGUGCCAACCUGUUCCUCGAAGCAGAGAUUGAGAAGGAAUACCCAACUAUUGAUACUCUUGUGAAGCACAUCAGAUCUUUGUCUGGUGUGAAGGAAUAUAUUGCUGCCAGGAAGCCAUAUUUUAAUUAUAGUCUUUAGACCACAGGCGUUGAUAAUAAAUAUUUUUUAAAUAAAUCAAAAUCAAAUCAUUUAUUCAGAAAUUAGGCUUUCACAGGCACUUUUUCACGUCAUAUUCUAAAUUAAAUGAUGUUUACCAAAGCUACAAACUACUAGCAUUUCGGAACGA